GGAAAAUCUCUCCUAUUAAUAAAAUUCUUGUAAAUCAAUGAGGGAAAUAUUAAUAUUGUAGUUAGGAGGUUUUGGUAUUAAAAUGGGCAUGAAAUUUUGGGAGGAAAUGCUCAAAGAUAGUGAGUUUUGUAAUGAUAACGAAUAAGUCACAUAAAGUAACAAUCAUUUACUUAAUACUUCUAAUGCUGUGUAUUAUAACUUACACGAAAAGAAGGCACUUCCUAGAUGUAUUUAGGUUGAUUUAGGAUAGGAUUUACCUUACACAAAUAUAGAUUUUAAUCCAUGUAAUCAGUUCUCAUUUAAUUAUUCAUCUGGUAAUAAUUUUGGAUUUGUAAAAAAUAAUUGCUCAAAUGAAAUUGUUGACAUUCUAAUUGAUAGUAUUCGAUAAGAAGUAGAAUAAUGUGAUUCCUUUUAAGGAUUUUAAAUAUUUGCAUCUAUUAUUGGAGGUACCGGUUCUGGUUUAUCGGCGAUUUUAUCCCAAAAAUUAGAAGAAGAAUAUAGUACUGCAAUAACAUAAUGCAAUUUAUUAGUUCCUUCAAUAAAAUAAGAUGAUCUAUGUGUUGUUUCUCCUUAUAAUUCUACUUUAAGUUUUAAUAUAUUAAUGGAUUCUGCACAAUAAUUAAUUUUUUAUGAUAACUAAGGACUUAAAUAAAAUUUAAAUAGAUUAGGAAUAUAAUUUAAUUAUGAUGAUGCAAAUCUUCUUGUAUCUUAAACAAUAUGCUGUAAUUCCUCACCUUUUAGGAAUCCUGGAGAUGUUAACUCCAGUCUAAGAAAACUUUCUACAAAUUUAAUCCCUUUUCCAGAAUUAAAAUUGCUUACAUGCAGUUUAACAAAUAAUUAAUUUAGUGAUUACUAUAAAGAAUAUUUAAAGAUGGAUGAAUAUUAAGUUUUUAAAGAAUUAAUGUCAACAGAUCAUAAUUAAACUAGUAUUAACUAUACAUAGGGAAUAUUUCUAACAGCAGCACUAAGUCUAAGAGGAAAUAUAUCAAAUAAAGAAAUAGAUUUAUAAAAGUCCCUAUUCGAACAUUUUAUUGAUAAUUCCUAUUAUAGAAGAGGAAGUUUUGCAAAAAAAGUUAAGCAAUUCAAUAUGUUUUUUACAAAUAUUUGUAAGAAAACUUUAUCAAAUUAUGAAUUUAUGGGUAGUUCUAUUAUUAAUUCAUCAAGUAUAAUAGAGUCAUUGAAAAGUUUAGAUGAAAAAUUUAAUAAAAUGCAAAUUCGAAAAUCUUAUAUGUAUAAAUAUACUCAAGAGGGAAUCGAAGAAGAGGAAUUUAAUGAAGCUUAAACUAGACUUAGAGAUAUAUAUCAUUUUUAUGAGGAUAAGUUCAAUGAAGAUGAUGGAGAAAAUAAUGAAAAUUUUGAAUGA